GUGAAAAAGUGAAAAAAAAAAAAGUGAAGUGAAAAAUGGCUCGUACAAAGCAAACUGCCCGUAAAUCGACUGGUGGCAAAGCACCACGUAAACAAUUGGCUACUAAGGCUGCUCGUAAAAGUGCACCAGCUACCGGUGGUGUUAAGAAACCUCAUCGUUAUCGCCCUGGUACUGUAGCUUUGCGUGAAAUUCGCCGUUACCAAAAGAGCACUGAAUUGUUGAUCCGCAAAUUGCCAUUCCAACGUUUGGUACGUGAAAUUGCUCAAGAUUUCAAGACAGAUUUGCGUUUCCAGAGCUCUGCUGUUAUGGCACUUCAAGAGGCCAGUGAAGCCUAUUUGGUUGGUCUUUUCGAAGAUACCAACUUGUGUGCCAUCCACGCUAAACGUGUCACCAUUAUGCCAAAGGAUAUCCAAUUGGCUAGACGUAUUCGUGGCGAACGCGCUUAAUUUAAUGUCGAUGUGAUGAUGAUGUAAAAUAACAAAA